AUGAUUUUGAAGUCAGCAGCAGAAUCAAGUCACCGAAUAUGCCAGUCCUUUGGGGAUGAUGCUGUUAACGAACGAACCGCUAGGCAAUGGUUCCAGAACUUCAGGUCAGGGGAUAUGGCUCUUGGUGAUGCAAAAGCGCUGGACGAUGAGGCCCUGAGAACAGCCAUAGAGAGUGACAGAAGCCAAACAUGCGUUGAGCUUGCUGCACACUUCCAGGUAUCUGAUGAAACGAUCGGACUCCAUUUGCACCUCAUAGGAAAGGCAUACAAGCUGAGCAAGAGGGUACCCUUCUCACUGUUUGAGGCAAACAAGCAACAGCGUGUCGCUGCCUGUUUGUCAUUGCUUACUCGGCACCACAAUGCAUCCAUAUUUGAUAGAGUACUCACCAGCGAUGAAAAGUGGGUCCAAUAUGACACACCCAGGCGUUCCAGACAUUGGUUAUCACCACGGGGCUCAGUGCCUCACACUGCGAGACUUCUCCACCCACGCAAGAUCAUACUCUGUAUCUGGUGCACUAGUCGCCAAAUGGUGCACUAUGAGCUCCUGCCAGUGGACCAAACCAUCAUGGCAGGCCGGUACUUGUAG